AUGACUGUUGUGAUCGAGCUCAACACGCCCCUGGCUGAUGCCCUCAAUGCAGCCAUCCAGCCAAAGCUUGAGGAGUGCGGCUGGGCUACCGGUGGCGCUGAUGAUGCCGCCCUUACCGAAUACAUUAUCCUCAUGCUGGUCAACGGCAAGACGCAAGAUGAGGUCGCCCAAGAACUCUCUGCCGAUCUGCUUGGCCUAGAUCCCAACGACGCUGGCCUGCGCGACUUUUGUAACUGGCUCUUUACCACCAUCGACACGCUCUCGGCCCAGUACGGCGUCUCGACUGUGCAGGGCGGCAGCGGCGCCACAGCUGAGGGCGCACAGGCAGACCCCGCCGCAGCGGAUGGCGAUCAGGAUAUGGACAUGACACCUACAGACGGACCAGCAGAGCUCAAUGCACCCACAGGUCCUAAAGCCAUGCGCAACGGUACCGACACGCGAGGCCGAGGUAAACGAAUCAUGGGCCAAAUAAAUCGGGCGAUGGACAGGACGCACGAAUCUGUCUUGCAUCGAGUGCGCGGCGCCAGCGGAACCGAGAGGAUCAACACGCACAGCCGCACGCCACCCACAGGUCCGCGGAUGGGUGCUGGCAGGCAGCCGAGAGGGGCUAACUCGCGAACCGCCAGCAUCCAGCACGGUCUCGCCAACAUGAAUAACAUGCCGUCGCCCGGUAUGAACGGGGCAGGCAUGGGGACCAUGCAGGCCUGGGGGGGGAUGAUGCCCGGCCAUCAACAGGCGCCCGACGUCAUGUCUGUGUUACAACAGCAACAACAUUUGCUGAACCAGAUGCAGCAACAAAUGCAACAGCAGCUGAUGGCACAGUCCGGACAGCCCAACGGCGGAUUCAAUAAUGGCAGGGGCGGCCGCGGCAGGUCUCUGAUGGAGCGAACCCAGCGAGGAGGCAACUCUCGAGGUCGCGGUGGGCACCACCAGAAUGGGAACCACGCGCAGUCAGCAGAGCAGAAGGACGCUGCUGCUGGUCCACAAGGCGAAGAUGCUGAGAUGGGCGGCACCACCGCGCGAGAGCCAGCAAACCCAGAAGACAGCAUCUGUCGCUUCAACCUCAGGUGCACCAACAAGGACUGCAAGUUUGCCCACCAGUCACCAGCCGCACCACCCGGCGCGACCGUUGACGUCAAAGACGUGUGCAGCUUCGGCGCCGCAUGCAAAAACUUCAAGUGCGUCGCCCGGCAUCCCUCGCCGGCAGCUAGAACCGCGCACCAGAGUGAGCAGGACUGCAAGUUCUGGCCCAACUGCCAGAACGCGCGCUGUCCCUUCAAGCACCCGUCAAAGCCGCCGUGCCGCAACGGCGGUGACUGCAAGACACCUGGCUGUGAAUUCUACCAUACCACCGUCAUGUGCAAGUACAAGCCCUGCACAAACCGGUACUGCACAUUCAAGCACGAGGAGGGCCAGCGCGGCGCCUUCCCCGACAAGGUCUGGACCGCCGAAGGUGGCGCGGGCCAGCAUGUCAGCGAGCGCAAGUUUGCAGACGGCAAUGUCGUGGAGGAGGAAGUCAUCCCUGGUGCGGGCGACGAUGCAAUGGGCGGCACCGAUCACCAGACAACCGUGGCUGGUUAG